CUUUCAGCAGCUGAACAACGACUCUAGGAAACACAUCGGGAGCAGUACUUUAGAGUUCCUCACAAACCUACUGAAAGGGAUUUCCUCCUCAUCUCUACAUCCCCCGCACCGGUAGAGUUUGUUUGGAUCUUCCUACUUGGGUUUUUCUUCUUUUUUUGGAAAACGAUCAUGUUCACCGCUUUCAACACGGAGUGCGACUCUUCCUCCCGUUGCACCACCGCUUCCCCGUCCGGUGACAAUCUGGGAUAUUAUCCGUCACCAGCGGGAUCUUAUUCCAGCAUGGGAUCCCCCCAGUCUCAGGAUUUCACUGACCUGACAGCAUCAAGUGCCUCCUUCAUCCCAACUGUCACAGCCAUCUCGACAAGCCCGGACCUGCAGUGGAUGGUCCAGCCUUUGAUCUCCUCAGUGGCCCCUUCUCACAGAGUUCACCCCUACAGCCCCAGCCCCGCCUACUCCAGACCAGCCAUGAGGUCUGCAGCAUCCAAGGCUCACAACUCUCCCAAGAGGAGCAGAGCAGAUCAGGUUUCUGCUGAGGAGGAAGAGAAGAGGAGAAUUCGCAGAGAGAGAAACAAGCAGGCAGCAGCAAAAUGCCGCAACAGGAGGCGAGAGCUUACCGACACUCUGCAAGCUGAAACUGAUAUGCUGGAGGAUGAGAAGUCCAGCCUUCAGAAUGAUAUCGCUAACCUUUUAAAGGAGAAGGAGAGACUGGAGUUCAUUCUGGCGGCGCACCAGCCUAUCUGCAAAAUCCCCUCAGAGCUUGACACAGAUUUCCCCAUGGUGUCCAUUUCUCCUGCCCAGCCGCAGACCACCAACGCAGUGGUGUCCACCAUCCCUUCCAGCCAGCCAACCUUCACCUCCACCUCCAACUCCAUCUUCUCCACAAGCAGCAUUAGCAGCAGCUCCGUCCUCUCCACCGCCACCAUCUCCAGCAGCACGAUGAAGAUGACAGACCUGGACGCCUCCGUCCUGGAGGAGUCUCUGGAUCUGCUGGCAAAGACAGAGAUGGAGACGGCGAGGUCAGUGCCAGAGGUCGACCUGUCCAACUCCCUCUACACAACUCAGGACUGGGAGCCUCUCCAUGUCUCAGCCAACAACACUGACUUUGAGCCCCUGUGCACGCCAGUGGUGACUUGCACCCCGGCGUGCACCACCUAUACUUCUUCAUUCGUGUUUACCUUCCCAGAGGCGGAGACCUUCCCCACCUGUGGCGUUGCACACAGGAGAGGAAGCAACAGCAACGACCAGUCCUCUGACUCCCUCAGCUCACCAACCCUGCUGGCCCUUUAAAGACUCUUCCAAAAAACAAUAAUACUUCCUAUCAAGCACAUUUUCUUGAUGUGUGAGAUACAUGUGCAGAUCACAGGGCUAUGGAAUGGACUUGUACCGGAAAGCAAAUUUAUUUAUGAGUUUAUUUGCCUUUUAUAUAUACAGACAGGUGACAAAUUAAGGGAAAAAAACGACAAAGUGUCUGAGUAAGGUGUUGGAACUCUUCUGGAGAAAGAUAUUCCCUCAUUUGAUGUUUUAAUGAUGGCGGUGGAGAGCACUAGUCCAAAAUCUCCUAUAGGUGUUCAAUUGGAUUCAGAUCUGGUGACUGAGAAGGCCAAACCUUUCAGUGACCCCUUGUGCCCUACGGAUGGGGGCAUUGUCAUCCUGGAAGAGACCACUCCUACUAUAACAUCCCUCUCUCAUUGACAUUCUCAGUCACCUGAGGAAAGGUUGCUCUUCUGUUUUUCCCUUAAAUAUCGUACUAAUGCAUGAGCAUCAUGGUCAGCAAAUAUGCACUGUCGACCACAAUUUCCGACCCUAUUUGCUGACGUCUUUCCCAUAGAUCUAAAUGCAGAUGUCACUUAAGUCACCCUCCCUAUUGAGGCACUAGCCGGUUGAGCAGCUCCUGCCAUCCGUGCCCAAACAAUGAACCCUCUUUCAAAGUCACUUAGUUUUUUUCCUCUUGCCAUCUUGAUACAAAAUCAGAAUCAGCUGCUCAGCAUUUUUAUACAGGCCACAGAGCACGACUGCAUGUUAAUUGCUUAACUGUGCCAUGCAGUGCAGCUGUGUGGAGGCAUCUGCAUCCGUUAUGUUUCUCCACUGGUUUAUUCAGGUUUUUCCUUUGAUUUGUCACCCGUCUGUACUUGCCUAUUACACCAUUGUAGCAAGUUAAAGCAUGUUUCAACUAAUACCACCUAGUCGUUUUAUGAGUUCAUAUAAGAUUUUUAUGGUGCUAGAUAACAAAAAAAAAAAAAAAGUUGUUUAGUGUUAUGUGAUCAGAGCAAUAGUUAUUAUAGAUUCAGUUUGUUUUUCUGGUUGAUGGAAUGUGAGAGUAAUUGUGAACUAUUUGUGAAAACUUAAAAACUGACGUGCUUUGUCUUAACCAUGGUCUGAGUGGUCUACUAUCUCAGUAUGAAGUUUUCUGUGAAAACGUCAGUGUUUUUAAUUUAUGAAAUUUCAAUUUAUUUUUUUACAGAGAGAGUAAAGAUGAAUGUUGUUUGUAAGAUAUGUAAAUAAAAGAUAGUGAUAUUUAAAUUCA